AUAACGGCGGUUGAUAUGAAGUCCAAAUAACAUACCGUAUCAAUUUUUAUAUAAUAUUACAGAAUCAUUUAUGUAAUACUACUACUACUACUACUACUACUACUACUAAUAAUAAUAAUAAUAAUAAUAAUAAUAAUAAUAAUAAUAAUAAUAAACUCUCAGUCUCCAUUAAUUAUCAAACAAUACAGUUUGAAUUAUGCAGUACUUGUAUUACGAAAUUCCCACCCCUGGUGGUAAAUACUGUAUGGAAACAAACAAAUCUGAGAACUAUUUUGCGUGCCUCUGUUCUGUACGACGCGAUUUGUUGUUAUUCACUGACACGGAGCACAAUCAAAUGCACUCCAGGUUUCCACGGCGACGAAAGACGCCUUCAACUCCGGAGGAGUGCAAUCAUUGUUUAGAUCUUGAACUAAAAACAAUGGAACCUAAAGAUGAAGAUACAAACCCCGUCUUAGCUUGUGCUCUUUCAGGAGACAUUGAAGGUCUCCAAAAGUGGUUUGAGAAUCCAGAGGAUCCACACCACGAGCAAGCCAUCCAGAUGCUCCAAGAGACAGACCAUGUGGGCAGAAGAGUCCUGUUCACAGCCUGCAUGUUGGGCAGGAGUGAUGUUGUCAGAGAGUUGGUCAGAUAUGGGUCUGACGUGAAUGAGACGACUCUGAGAGGGUACUCUCCACUGCACUGUGCUGCUAUCUGGGGUCAGUUAGAGUGCCUGAAAACAUUGGUUGAGCUGGGAUACAAUAUCCAGGCCCUCAAUUUUCUUGGGGAGAGAGCCAGAGAAGUUGCCUGCCGCUACUCCAAGACAGACUGUGUGGAAUUCUUAGACUUGGCAGAAGCUAAGCAGUCCUUGCAGAUGUUAAUUUCCCACAUUAGAGACACCAUUGCUGACCCAGAAAAGGUUCAAGGGAAACUCAACAAAGAAGACAAGCAUACUUGCCUAAACACCUGCCUUAUGAAAUCGGACUGGAUUCAGGAUGCCAAAGACCCAACGAUUGGGGAAUUUGUGGAGCAGAAAAAACAGCUACAGGACACACUGAAUCCCAUUCUCUCUAAACUAACCGUCCCAGGUCGGUUCUAAACAGUAUUGUGAAAUUGUAAAACAAAACAAUAUUACAGUUUCAGAUUCAUGAUUACAUAAAUUAUCAUUUAUUUUAAAUAUAUAUAUAUAUAUAUAUUUUCUAUCUGUAGCUCCUGAACCACCACUAAAAGGUACCAAAAGCUGAGGGACACAGACACAAUGAAAAUGAAGAAUCCAUGAAUUAUGUUUUGCCUUACCCUGUGUAAAAGUAUCUUUGCAAAAAAUAAAUGAUUUUAAUCAAUUUAA